CCCUCGGUGACCCCUCGUUCCCCUGCCUCUUCCCCCAAAGUCAUUCAUUGAAAAAUGCGUCGUACAAGCCGGCCGGAACAUGGCAGUCCAUUGAAGUUCGGCGCUGCUGCUUCAGUAAAUUCCAGGCGUUUCCUCGUGAAGAGACAAACAAAAUGCAGAAUAAUUUUUUAUUGCUUGUGUAAUUUUCACAAAUUUAUACACAAGAAUAUAGCGCAAGUUUAACGCACACUCUACUUGAUUAUACAUUCUUUUUAAAAGUUAGUCGGAGCUCGUAAAAAAGAAUGUUUAUUCAUGACAAACUACAUUGUCGUAGUGUAGAGACGAUAACUAAAAUUAACAAUGCGAUAACAGUAAUCACAUAAGUCUAUGUAAAGAACUUUUCAAGCUAUGCACAAACACCUGUUGUGAUAGGCAAAUGAAUAUUCGGAAAAAAAAAUUAUUCUGCAUUCAUUGAAAGAAUUUAUAUCACACAAUAGAUGUUACACUUUUUUAUUUCUUCUUUGUUCUUCACGAGAGAUAUUCUUAAUCAGUGUGCUACGUUUUAUCGAACACCCUGUACAAUAAUCUUCACGACUCGCUGAGAAAUACAAUCAAAGAGGGAAUCUUUUCUUUACAGCCGUAGCUGGCGGCACCAAGGGCUGGGUAAUAGGAGGUGGUCACAAAUACAAGCUGACGAACACGCUGAUCUUCAGAGAGGCUGAACCACCAAAAUCCGGAGGUGAUGUCGGGUUCAGGCUGACCGGCGACCUGGACGUGACCGCCCUGUGGCAGGAUUCCAACGAUCCUAAUAGCUUCUUACUUAAAUUCGAGUUACUAUCACCGCAGUUAUGGAUCAAGUCUCGGCGAGCUCCAGAGCCAGAGGGCUUCGUGGAGCACUCGUCCAAGGUGGAACAGGUCGCCGAGAAUCCCUUUUUCGUGCUCUGGCGACACGGUGACAUUCAGGGUGUGUAUAUGGACCCGACCGAGAGCACGUCGUCUGCGAAUUUUAAGCGUGGUCUAGCUAGUCUCUUCCAGUACCGAACACUCGACGACGAGGUGCGCCAACGAGACGCUUCCGGCCUCUGCGACGUGACAUACGUGACGUCCGGAGAAAAUGUUGUUGAAAAACAAAAAACUGCAUGUGUCUACGACACGCAACCACUACCGAAGCAACAUCCGAAUCCAAUGUUCGCCGUCAAACUCGAGAGCUAUCGCAAUUCCAAGUACGUGCUAACGCAGUCGUUGCUGCCAGAACACAUACUCGAUUAUGAGAUGCAUAAAACGACCUUGAUGUCCAAGCCUGACGUCGGUACGAGUGUCUUAUCGGAGAGAACACUGAAACAGGCAGCUGAGGUUCUAAGCGCGACUACGGUUCAGGCCGACUCCGCCAAGCAUGCGGUAAUACUCCUCAAGCCCGGAUAUAAAGAAACCGACAUUGAUCUCAAACCGGAGCCGCCAUAUGUGGCCGCCAUAUGUCCUGACGCCGGAUGUCCCACGCUCGACAAAGCGAUUGAAGAAUAUCACGAAGCGCUCACCGUCUCCGCGCUGGGCACAGCAAAAUCUGCGUCGGCUUUUCUCAAGCUUUUACCUCUAGUCAAGAACGCUUCGCCCGAGGAGCUGCACAAAGUUCUGAAAACGCCGCGCAAUCAGCGGAUAAAGAUGCAGUUGCUGGAUGUAUUCGGCGCCGCGUCUACAAUGCCCGCUCAUCAAGCUGCCAUGAAGAUACUCCGGCAGGAUGAGAGCGGCGACGAGACCGAGAGGUAUCUAUGGGCAUUAUCCCUCUCGCCAACACCACAUGUCGACGUUGCCAGAGAUAUUCUCAAGCGUUCCGAGGAGACGAUGCAAAACGACAAGGUUUCCGAGACCUAUGCACUUGCGGCGGGCGCGAUGGCACGGCAUUACGGGUCCGCCACGGUGAUAGAGAAAGCCCGAGUCAGUCUGGAACUGGGCCUAGAGACCUGCACCGGUGAGGAGUGUAAACUCAAGUUCCUGCGAGCUCUGCGAAAUUUGAGAAGCCCAGCGGCGAUACCCACGUUGUUGGAGCACGCGUUAAGCGACAGCAAAGCCAUCAGCGUCGCUGCCUGGCGCGCUUUGACAGCUUUCCCGCGCGAAGCUGUGACCGACGAGCUGAAGAGCGCGGCACACAGAGUUUUGUAUCAAAUCGGAGGACCACGAAGGGACAGUAGCGCGCGAACCCUCGCGCUGGAUGUUAUUCUCGAAAGUGGGCCUUCUCAAGAGGUUCUGCGCGAUCUCGUCAAGUAUUUGAGCAGUAACGACCCGGUCUACGAAGUCCGCAAGUACCUGAGUCAACGUCUGAACCAAAUCGCCGAGAGGGACGCGCAAUUCGGCGAGUAUCUCACAAGUAUAUACGCAAGCGGCAAUGUUACGCUCAACAAUUAUCACGUGCAAGCGCAGCGGGGUCUUAGCACCGCUUUCACAAGGCACUUUAUGCGUUCGCCCGGCAGCAACGGUUCUUUGCUUACCAUUCAAGAAGUGAAUUCCGGCCUCCUGAAGCGCGGCAUCGUUGACGUCGUACUGGAAAACAACGUGCAACGGCAAGCGAUGUUCUCGUUAGGACUGUUCGCCGGCGGUCUUGGCAGCUUCGUCUCGAAUCAGGACGAAGAAACGGAAACCGACGACGAGGUAGCCACCGCUGGAAUGCAGAUCGACAUUCUCGACGUUGGGAUACGACCGUUCAUCUUCUUUUCCGGACAGGGCGAGCUGAUGGGUCACGUCUGGUCCGGUACAGCAGAUACGAGGACUCCCGCUUUUCAAGCGCUCGCUUCUCUGUACAGUCAUAACGAAUACGUGCCAUUGGGAUCCGGUUUUGUAGCUGAGCUCGACAUUCAGGGCGCUGUGAGCUUCGAGCUAGCUGGAGAGAUUCAGCUUAGUCUGUGGUCAAGGAACGCACACUCGCUGGUCGAGAUGAAUGCCGGCGUGAUGGUUCACGGCGGUACCAGGGUGCACACGGGCUUUGUGCAGAGCAAAGCGGAAUUCACAGUGGCGUUGGAGCCAAAGCUCCAGCUGUUCACCAACCUGGACUUCAGCGGGCCAGUGGCGUUGUGCAUGAGACUAAGCCAGCCAGUCACCACAAUGAAGCAUCAAAUCUACAAGAUCGAGAGAAUACCCGGCAGCCGACACAGAUUGAGGAAAACGCGCCGAUCGAAGAUUCACUCGCCCGGUAGGUCCUACAUGCUUAAUCAAAAGAACAAUGAGAUGUGCGCGAAGUUCACGAACUUAAGUUAACGCAUACCUAAGACUGCUCAAGGACUUUUUGGAUAAUAAUCGAGAUAAAGAACUAUGACACUGUUUUUCUUUUUUAUUGCGACCCCUAAUAGUGUAACAGUGGAAUCUGAGUAUGGCAACGGUUGUGUUCAUAUCGAUGGAUAAUGCUCUACAUUUGAUCCCUGAUAUAUGGUGAUAUAUGUUCGAAGUUUUUUGUUGAUACAUCGAUUACUCAAUUUUAUGUUAUAUUAGUUACCAUACACGUAUUAAUACUAUUACAUGAAAACUGUUUUAAAAUUUUUGAUAGAGGAGACAAAGUUUAAAAUCUGGAAAUUUUUUUGCUUAAUUAUAUAUCCUGAAAAUUAAUUUCCAACAGGAUCAUUUUUUAUAUAGAAACAGUAAAAAUAAUUUAUCUCUGGCAUUCGUCUUGUUUAAAAUGUAUUCUUCACUUCUUCGAAAAUCAUGAUGCAUCCGGGUUUAACUGUAUUUAGAUUCUGUAUUUGGUAUGCUCGUUUCUACACAACGAUAACUCCGUUAAUUCUGUUAAUAAAAAAGCGAAAGACA